AUGCCAGAAGCUCGACCUCAUGAGCGCUUUGCAGCUCGACUGAGCCGUACACCUUCGCCAAAUGGAGACCCAGAUGCUGGAAUGCGAGGCGUGAGCCACUACGAGCGAAGACUAAGGGGUUGGAGAUUCCGCCUGCGGAACAAGCUGAUCCCUAUCGUGCGAUGGGAAACUCCAUAUCUGGCAUAUAUGCAAAAGACUUUGCGAUCACCAUGGCUUGAUACUUAUUUCGCGCUCACAGCGAAUUUAGGCACCCAUACUUUCUUCAUGACUGCCAUACCGAUCUGCUUCUGGUGCAGCUACCCCGAUGUCGGUCUCGCUAUGGUACAUAUGCUGGCGCUGGGCGUGUAUCUCAGUGGAUUCGUGAAAGACAUGGUGUGUCUACCGAGGCCAUUGUCGCCACCACUACAGCGGAUCACCAUGUCUGGCUCGGCUGCGAUGGAAUAUGGUUUCCCUUCCACCCACACCACGAACGCGGUUUCGGUGGCGCUGUUCUGUCUAUACCGGCUCUAUAUCCACCAGGAGCACUACACAUCCACAAGUUAUAGUAUGCUCCAGGUGGCACUAUAUGGCUAUGCCAUCUCGAUCGCAUUCGGCAGGAUGUACUGUGGCAUGCAUGGCUUCUUCGAUGUCAUCAUUGGAGCUGCACUGGGCGCUGCCAUUGCCUCCGUCCAAAUCUUGUACGGCGCGGCAUACGACAACUGGCUUAUCGCAGGUGGUUGGCAGCAGGUCGCAAUUCUGGUGGCUAUACUUGCUGUAGCUGUGCGCAUCCACCCAGAACCAGCAGACAAUUGUCCCUGUUUCGACGACAGCGUAGCAUUCGCUGGUGUCGUCAUGGGUGCGGCUAUUGCUACGUGGCAUUAUGGCGUGAUGAAUGCGCAUAUUACGACUGAGCACGCAGCCAUGUACGCCUUUGACAGUUCGCCGAUCAAAAUCGCAGCCAGGAUCGUUGGUGGCAUCGUAAUCGUCUUCCUCUGGCGUGCAGCUACGAAGCCAAUAUUACUACGUGGUCUGCCACCUGUAUUCCGCUUUGUCGACAGAUGGGGCUUGGCAUUACCACGGCGUUACUUCCUACAAGCUAGACAAUACCAGCGCGUUCCGCCACUGCGCGAGGAUGAUAACGUUCUACCAUCUCCCUCGAGUCUGCCCGCACUCUUCUCCAAUCUGCGUCAGAGGAAACGCGCAGUCUCAAUCGGGCCACAGUCAGAAGCGGAUGCAAGAGAGUUUAUCGCGAACAGAGCGCAAAAGCGGCGCGACAGUCGUGCUGGACUAAAGUCGGAGCAGAACGCGCAAAGAAGAGUGCAGCGAAAAACGGCUGCGCUGCCGUCACCAGCUGUCGAAGACAUUGAAAAUGGCACGAUCGCUGACAACAGUUCGCCAGAGACAACUUCGUACCUGAGCGCUGGAACACAAGCUCGUGUAGGGCAGCAGCAUCUACAAGUCAAUGGCGUUGAUGCAGCUCUGCUGACACCUCCUUUGAGCGAUGCGGGUGCAUCUAGCGAUAGUGGUAAAGAAGACGAGAAGAACGACAAGGACAUGUUCUCCGGGCUCGAGAAGCCGCGGAUCAGGUAUGAUGUUGAGGUCAUCACGAAAAUCGUUGUAUAUGCCGGGAUUGGAUGGUGGGCGAUUGAAGGCAAUCCAUUAUGGUUUCGAGCAGUGGGUAUAGCGUAG